UUUACUUUCUGAGUAAGACAAUUUGUAAUGGCUCGUACCAAGCAAACCGCCCGUAAAUCUACCGGAGGAAAGGCUCCCCGUAAGCAGCUCGCCACCAAGGCAGCACGUAAAAGUGCUCCCGCCACCGGUGGAGUGAAGAAGCCUCAUCGUUACAGGCCCGGUACCGUCGCUCUCCGAGAGAUCCGUCGCUACCAGAAGUCGACUGAGCUUCUGAUCCGCAAGCUGCCCUUCCAGCGUCUGGUCCGUGAGAUCGCUCAGGACUUCAAGACCGACCUGCGCUUUCAGAGCUCCGCCGUGAUGGCUCUUCAGGAGGCUAGCGAGGCUUAUCUCGUUGGUCUGUUUGAGGACACCAACUUGUGCGCCAUCCACGCCAAGCGAGUCACCAUCAUGCCCAAGGACAUCCAGCUUGCCCGCCGCAUCCGUGGCGAGAGAGCGUAAACAGUUCCUCGCAAGAACACAAUAAAACGGCUCCUUUAGGAGCCACCACAUGCAAUAAAGUCAAACCUACAUCAUCUUUUUCGCAAUUACAUAUGACAGAAGUUUUUGUGUUGAACAUCUCCAUGUUGUUGUUUUGCGCGGGAAAACAGACACAACAGCACCUCCAAUUCGGCUUAAAACUUCGAUUUCUAUCAUUCUACAACCUUGAAGAAAAAAAUGGCGACACCAGAUAAACAAAAUGACUUGGCGAACUUCCCGCAAACAUUUUAUUUAUGUAGGCGAUUUAAGCUAACGGCGCGCUAAAAUGAACGCUGUCGCAAAUUCAAAUCAAAGGCGAUAGAAAUCACGAGGUAAAGGAAAAGAGAACCCUACGGUUACUUCAAUCAACUUUCUAUUUAUAUAAAACGAAUGAAGGAAUCUUUAUUUCUUAGCGUGACCUAUUUAAAAGAAUGAAGGAAUAUUAUUUCAUCGCGUGACCUAUGAAGCGGCCUGAAAAUACUUACAUAGAAACUCUGAUAAACAAAUAAAACAUGUUUCUCGUUUGCUCAUUACCAAA